GACCUGUACAAGGAGGCCAUGAUGGAGGAGCACCAGCCUCUUAUAUCACAGGCAGAAAAUUCCCAUAAGAAUUCUGAGGGAAACUUCAUGUUGUCACUAAAUUAUAAAGUAGAAGAUGAAGACAACAUGCAGUGCUCUUCAGGAGAAAACCUUAAUGUACCUCCAGGACUUCACAGUACAGAUCUGUCAUAUAAUCCCUCUGAUCAUGAGGAAUCUGCUGACCAAUCCCCGAUUUCUACCACAAGUGCUGGUCAGAAAGGGGGUGAAAGGUUUCAAGAGAUCACAAAAAGAUCAAGUCUUUCUACAGACAGAAGAAUUCGCACACGGGAGAAGCCGUAUUCAUGCCCAAAAUGUGGGAAAUAUUUUGCAUAUAAAUCAGCGCUUGUUCGACAUGAGAGAAGUCACACAGGAGAGAAGCCAUAUUCAUGUUCAGAAUGUGGGAAAUGCUUUACACAGAAACCAAGUCUUGUUACACAUAAGAGAAGUCACAGAGGAGAGAAACCAUAUUCAUGUUCAGAAUGUGGGAAAUGUUUUACACAGAAAGCAAGUCUUGCUGCACAUCAGAGAAGUCACAGAGGAGAGAAGCUGUAUUCGUGUUCAGAAUGUGGGAAACGUUUUACAGUUAGACUAAGUCUUGUUAAACAUGCGCUACGUCACACAGGAGAGAAGCCGUAUUCAUGUUCAGAAUGUGAGCAAUGUUUUACAGAAAAAUCAGAUCUCGAUAGUCAUGAGAGAAGUCACAGAAGAGUAAGGAUACGGUCACAAUUCCAAAAUGUAGACUUUGAUUUUGAUUCUAAUUAAAGAAUGGCGUUAUUCGAUAACGAAUAAAAUAACACAAAUAAAUAUCCACAGUAACCCCAUGUUGCCUAUUAUGUGAAGAGGUACUUGAUGAGGCACUUACUAUUAAUGUGAGGCUCGUAGAAGUACAAAUUGAUAAAGCCAUAUGCCUCACAUGAAGUGCACCAUCACAUAAUGGACAGUACGAGAUUAAAAUGAUUGUGCACCAAUAUAUAUUGAUGACCUAUCCUCAAUUAGCUCAAUCCAUACGCGGCGGGUGCUGGUUGUAUAAUACAGCCGGUACCUGGCCACAAUGACUGGGAACGGCAAUCACACCGAACCCUGUCAUUUAACCACUCAGAUGCUGCGAUCAACAGCGAUCGCUGCAUAUGUGAGUUAAGGCAGAGUGAAAGUGCUUCUAAAGCUUCCCAGGCCUGCCAUGGUAAGCUCCCUGCUAAGCUAUGCACGAGGCACAGCUCAGCAGGGAACGUGUCAAAAUGUUAUCCUACUGGACUGACUAGGACAUGAGAUCAAAAGAUCCCUGGUAUUAGCCCCCUUAGGGGACUAAUAGUUAGUAAAUUAAAAGUGAAAACAAGUAAAAAAAAAGUUUGUCUUCCUUCCCUUUCCCAAUUUUAAAUAUGAAAAUAUAUAAACACCAACAAAAAUGAACAUGUUAGGUAUCACUGUGUCUGUAAAUGUCCUAUUAAAAUAUAUUCAAAAAAAUUCCUGUGAGAUUAUUGCCAUACAGGAAAUAAAUGAAAAACGCAUGAUUCGCAAUUUUUUUUUGUCACUUUGUCCCCCCCAAAAAAUGUAAUAACAGUGUUCAAAAAGUAGUACAUACCACACAAAUUGUUCCAAUAAAAACAACAGGGCACAAAAAAACAAGCCUCUUAUAGCUCUGUUAUCGCUGUCAGAAAACGAGGAUGCAAAUAAAAGUUUAAUUUUUCUCAAAGGUUUUUAUUUUGCUUAAAAGUAAUCCAAUAAAAAGUAUACAUGUUUGGUAUUGCCAUUAUCAUGUUGAGCUGCUGAAUAAGGACGUCAUGUCAUUUAUAUCACACAGUGAACGCUGUGAUGUCAAAACCCCAAAAACUUUUGCGGAAUUGUGUUGUUUUUUUUCAAUUUUUGUAUUUUUUUAAUACAUGACACUGUAAAUUAAAUGGUGGCAUUGUGAAUGGAAAAA